AAGUGUUAAAAUGACCCACCCGGGUAUUUAAAGUGUGAGACUGGACCAUGCAGAUGCCAAAGAACGCCUUUCCUUGGACCUCCUGGACACUUUCUGUUGGGCAAUAAAAAUACAGCUGCUCUGUUGUUUGGGUCUUGGUGAUCGGACGAGACUUGUUUGUCACAGUGGAGUGAUACUCUUUGCAGACCUGUUCUUUCAUAUUGAUCUGAUUUUCUAGGAUAUGGGUGAAGAAAAUAAAAUAUUAUCCCGUCCAAUUUUCCGCCGAGAUGUGGAAUGGGAUCCUUUUCCAAACUGGACACAGCCGAGCCGUAUCUUUGCUCAGGAUUUUGGUCUUCCACCUUUCCUUGAGCCCAGUGAUCUGGACUGGCUAGACUGGGCGAAGAAGAGACUGGCAUCUUUCUCAUGGCCAGGGUACACACAAAGUCCCCUUCUCCCCCCAUUUAUUGGUAUGCGACCCACAGACCAGAAGGGAUUGAGACAACUGACAAGUGGAGUAUCAGAGAUCCAAACAGGGCCAAACAGCUGGAAGAUUAAUCUGGAUGUUAAUCACUUCUCGCCGGAAGAGAUCACAAUCACAACCAAAGAGGGUUAUUUACAAAUAUCAGGGACCCACGAAGAAAGACAGGAUGAGCAUGGACUGGUUUCAAGGUGCUUCACUCGUAAAUACAAGUUGCCACAGGGGGUUGACUUGCAGCAGAUCAGUUCAUCCCUGUCUGCAGAUGGAGUCCUGUCUGUAGAGGCCCCCGUGCCGGGGACAUCAAGCAGCAUCCCAGGCAAUGAGAUUGUCAUACCGGUUCAGAUCAGACAGAAGCAGGAUGAACAAAAGUGAAACCAGUGAGCAGAACUUGAUGUAGCUCAGGUUAUGUGUAGCAACCUUUGCAGCACUGACCUAAAGAGAAAACGUAGUUGUUCUAGCAUUGCAAAUUUACUAACCAGGCUGGUUUAUUGCCACUAGAGACCAUUUCAUACUGUUCAACAUAAUAAUGUGACACUUUAUAUGUUUUUAGAUCAAGAUUAGAUUUAUGAGUUUGACCUGAAACUUGAUAUGAUGGUUUCUUGACUAAGCAGCAUUAUAAAGCUGUCCUGAUAUCACAUAAUCCCUAACAAAUGAAAAUAACAAACAAACAUCAUCCUCUAUUCAUAAAUGCAUUCUUAUUUUGGCAGAUUGCAGGAUUAGGAGGAAUCAGUUUGAUCUGUAGUAACUGUGCUUCUUAAGGUAUGCAGAAAAUUCUUGUCAAACAGACCACAAGAGGGCAUUGAAGUUCUACUUAGAGUCACAUUAGGGAAUUUAUUUACUCCUCAUGAGACUUACACAUAAAUUCUUUUUUUAAUCAUGUAGAGAUUUAUAAACAGCUCUUCUCUGAGACCACCUAUUCAGCUUGGGUACGCCUUCCAGGUUAGAAGCUUGAUGCACAGUAUUCGUUUUUAAAAAGAUUUAUAAUACAUAAAAUAAAGAGCAAAAGCUACAAAUAAAAAAUAAAAUAAAGCUCUUCAUUAACACUAAAUGGAAAAAGUCAUAUGUAAUGUUGCUUUUCUUCUCCAGUCCAUUUAAGUUAGGGCCAUGCCAACUUAGGGUGAGUCAGGCUCCCCCAAACAUAGCCAAGAUUUGUCUGCUAUCUGGGACUCUUACGGCAAUGUGAUGGCUCAGUGUGUGCAAUUUGUGAGGCAAUCUGUAGGGGCAUCCCCUAUCAUACUGUGGAAGGACAGACUUACUCCUCUUUAAUGGUCUACGGACCAAAAAGUUCAAAGUAGACACGAGCAGUGUAGCUCAUAGACUCCAUUUAAAAUUCUCCAUCAGUUCACAGCCUUCAGAACUCCACAAUAAUAGAUCCCGACAACACGUGUGGUCAUUGUCAUCUUCUUGGGGAUGUUGAGCUUGCUACAAUAAA